AUGGAAUCCAAGGGCGAAGAAUUCACGGGAAAUUUAGGAUAUGAGGGACUAGAUGUUACUUUAAAUUAUUUCACAAAUCAGCCCGAUAUUCUGUCUGUACCUAAUGCAGACCUUGCGAUAAUAUUCAAAUCACUAAGCAAGAAGGACCCAAAAACAAAAGAGAAAGCUCUUAAUGAUCUACUUUCGGUUAUAGAGAAAGAGUCAAUGGAGUUCGAUGAGUUUGCCAUAAUAUGUUGGGUAAAGUUGUACCCUAAGAUCGCACUUGACAAUUCCAAAGAUGUGAGGGUGGUGACUCAUCGAAUUCAAGGAACACUUUUAAAAGUGCUAGGUUCAAAGCGGUAUGGGAAGUACUUGAAAAUCACGAUGCCCGUUUGGUUAAUGGGUAUUAAGGAUCCAGAUAAGAGCGUUUCCAAAACAGUGGCAAAGCUUUUGCUUGAUAAUUUUCUGGGAGAUGAGACCAAAUUCGAAAAAGUUUGGGAGAUUUUUGAAGACCAAAUUUUGAACUUGAUCGGUUCAGUUAUUACUAUUGAAACUCCGGAAACUUUGUCAGAUCCCAGAUAUGUGCCUGAAUCUGAAAUUCAGAUAAAGUACGACCGUGUUUUGAUGGUUUGCAUUGAUAUGCUUUUACAAAUAUACAAGCGUUCCCAGCAAGCUUCUUCCAUUGAGUCAAUCUUGACACUGGAUGCUAUAUGGGGGAGAUUGGUCAACAGCGUGAAAGAGGAGACGAUGAAUUUGAGUCUAUUUAAGAGCAUUUUGACAUUUAUUUCAGCUGUAUUCUCCAGAGAGGACCAUCUUUUGAAAUCAAUGGACUAUAAAUCUUUAUACAAAACUGCUUCAAAGGCGAUUAUGAAAGUCAAAUUUUCAAAAAACAAGCCAGGAAUCAUAUACGCAGCAGUGAUUCUCCCAUUCUGGCAAAUUUUGAUUCAAUUCACGAGAUUUUCUACACAUGGGAAGUUGAGUAAGUCAAUUUGGGACAUAGGUGGUACUAAGAGUAUUACAAGACUACACAGCUAUAUCCGUCUAGGGCCAUGUGACCUGGAUCCAGUAUAUUACGACUUGGUUUCUACUUUGAUCAGUGAUUUGAAAAAGGAGAAGACAAAGGUAAUCAACUUUGGCGACGCAGAGGAGUCGGUAUUUUUCACAAAUACUUUUAUGGAACAGUUUGAGAAGAAUCGUGAAAUUUUUAAGCCGUCAUGUUUGAGAGGUGCUUUGAAGAUGUUGAAUCUCUUCGAUACGAGCCAGGUUGAGAACACAACGACGGUCAUCAGAACCGUGUUAGAUAGUAAGAAAAACAGACUCAAAUCUACUUCCAAAGAUAUAAACGCACAGUUCAGUAACUUUGAGAAUAAAACAUUAUUAAAAGAAUCCCUUAGCACAAUACAGGAAGAGAUUAAAAGGAAUCCUAGUAGCGAAGUAUACGCCGAAGACUAUUUGACCCGGUUUUUUGAAUUGUUGAAAGUGCUGGAUCUCAAAAACCACUCUAUAAACUUGGUAGAAUUUGUGAUAGAACAGUUCAAUGCCCAGAAAUUGGAUGCCACAGUAGUAGCGCGCUAUGUCGUUGCAUAUUUGGCGGUCAACGAUGACAUUACACCACCAUUGGAGUCUUUCGUCAAACAAUUACCAGAACAAUUAGAUGAAUCAUAUUCGGUAUCAACACAAGUCUUAAAAGAAAUCGCAGCAAAAAAGCUCUUCGACGAUGGAGAUUUUACUGAUUUGAUAAACCAAUCCUUUGCAAACAUUUCUUUGACUAAUCCAGAAAGAAGAGACGAUUUUGUCAAAUCAUUCGACCUUCAUUUUUGUGAAGCGGAAUAUCCCGAAAUAUACCUAUAUUUGAGGGAAAGUUCUCGUGGACUGUCUGAACCAGAAUAUUUGGAAAAAUUGCUAGCUUCUGGGGAUAAAGAAGCUUUGAUUGAUGUUAUUAACGGAUUAGACGAGCAAUCGUCUAUCACGUUUACUUCCGCCGUUUUGAAAACCGAUUCCCUUGCAUUUGUCAUCGAACUAGGUAUUGAUGUAGUUUUACAAUCAACCUGGAAGAAUGUGAAACAACUGAAGCAAUUUUUAGAUGCUCUAAGGCAGCAUAAGGAGGUGUACUUUUCAUCGUUGGUGGGAUUUCUCAAAACUUGUUCAAUUCAGACAAAUUUGAACGAUAUUAUGGAAUUUUUUAGAGAAGGACCACUUUUCUAUGAGGAGUUUGAGAAGAAAAUGAGAGAUUCAAUCAACAAGAUAGAGCCGUUUGAAAUAGCAAUUGCAAAUGCGUUGGAGCUGGCAGUUUACCUAUGUGACUGCGGAUCGGAAAGGCUACCGAGUAAUGUGCCUGUUUUAGCGAAAUUCAUAAUCGAAUUGAACAUUGCGGAACCUAAGUGGCGGGCUUUGACGUUGAUAUGUAAGGAAAUCGUCUCAGAUUAUGUUUUCACACAAGACCUUAAUGCAGAAGAGGAGGCUACAUUGAUGGAAAUUGCAGGUAAACCUACUCAUGAUGGACACAGUGUAAAUAUUGAGGAUGUAAUUGACGACUCCAACGACGAUCUUUUAGCGUUGGCAAGCAGGGGCAACGAUCUCUAUGCUUUUUAUGCAGCACGGAGCUUGACAAAGAUUGUCGAGAACGCAUCAGAGCAAAUGAGUCUUCUGCAAUUUGAGUCUUUGAAGAUUAAUUACGUCCAAUUGUUGAAACAUCCAUUGAAAUGUGUGGCCUUCACAAAUGGAAUUAAGAAUUUUCUUGGUUCAUCAAUCUUAGAUCGUGCUAGAAAUUAUGCUUUUUCUGAAAUUUUGGCAGUGAAAAAGGAGGAAGACAUAACCACUCUAGGAUUGAGGUGGUUAACCAUACUCAUAUCUUUCCUCAAUAAAGAUGCCAACGUGAGGAACAUUUUCCCUGGCGUAAAAUUAUCUAUGGUUUUGAAGCAAAUAGAUGAUUGGUUUGAUUCAUCGGUUGCAUACGAUCCGGAAUUCAUAAAUGUUAGGAUUCAAGCACUCAUCUUUUUAGGUCAUCUACCUGAUAUCGAGGAAAACAUGCCUGAUAUCUACAGCGAUUUAGUUAACAAGAUCAUUGGAGAUAACCUUGAUAUGGCAGAAGAUAGAGUAGACUUGAAAUAUUACACAUUAAAAGUCUACAACAACAUCUUAAAAUACAGUCCAGGUGGUUUGGAGUUGCAGGAUGAGAGAUUAAUUGAAUUGCUCGCCACAGAAGAUGAUCAUAACGGACAAGUUGCUUCAUUAGUUGAUUCAGUUUUAGGAAGAGCCUUGCAGCUUUCUAAUAUCUCAACCAAGCUUGUGAAAGAUUUUCGAGACCAACUUUUGAAAGUGCUUGCGAAAUCUAAUUCCAUGACAAAGCAAAAGUUUACUGCCUUUUAUUUGGCUAAGUCAUUCAAAGAAGAAAAAGACGAUUUUGUGAUUGAGUAUCAACUUUCUAAGGAUGAGAAUAAAAAGGCAAAAUUACCACCUUCUCUCAUGGGAAUAAUCGAAAAAUUUAAGGUCGAUUCGACUCCUGAUAUUUUCAGAUAUAUGUUAUCCUGGCUUUUGAUUACGGACUUUUUGAAGGAUGUUACCUUGGCCAUCAAAAAUGAUUACUUGAACGAGGUUUUAGAAGGUAAAGAUUUUCAAACACUUUUAUACUACAUUUUUGAUCAUAUUGAGUUGGAUAACAAGUUUUUGUCAACUCUAUUUAUUGAUGGUGUUUUAACGUACGAUAUUGAGGACAUGUUUGUAGAAGUAAGUGUUGAAGAAGAGUUGAAAAUCCUCUCCCUUCACAUAUUUUACAAAUGCCUUAAAUAUUGUGGAUUUCAGGUUCAACUUUGGUAUCGAGAAAUCAGAGAUAAACAGCUUCAAAUGAAGGUUGAAAGAAUAACCAGUAAAUACUUGUCACCACCUUUGAUCAAAGAAGUUUUGGAGCAAGUGGAAAUGGAGAAACAGAAGCUUUUGACGAAAGAGGAUAACCUAUCAAUCAAGGUGAAUCGUGCAUCCAAUGAAAUCAAAACUUCCUAUCUUGUUGACGACCAAAAGCUAGAGAUGGUGGUUAAAAUUCCUGCUCAUUUCCCCUUGGAUAAUGUUGUUAUUGAUGGACCAGCAAGAGUUGGAGUAAAAGAAAACAGAUGGAAGGCUUGGUUAUUAGCAUCACAGAAGCUCAUAUCCUUACAAAACGGGUCAAUUAGUGAUGCCAUCGAAUUAUUUUGUAAAAACAUCAAUUUACACUUUUCAGGAUUUGAAGAUUGUGCCAUCUGUUACUCCAUUUUACACCAAGAUUUAUCAUUACCAUCAAAAACCUGUCAAACAUGUAACAACAGAUUUCAUGCCGCUUGUUUAUACAAAUGGUUCAAGAGUUCAGGAAAUUCCACCUGUCCAUUGUGUCGGUCACCAUUUAACUUCAAAACUAGAAACUAA